AUGCCGAAGGGCAAGGGAACUGGCGAGGGCGGAGUUUUGUUUAAAGUAGAUCCGAGAGAACUACAUGUAACAGUAUGGGAUAGAUUAACGAUAUUUAUGGCUGUGCACUGGCGCGGAUUGCUUGCCGUUGUAAUUCCAUUAUCGUGUAUAAGCAUCAUUACCUCACCUAUCCCGCCUGCGAAACACCAAUGGGUGGGCUACACGUUAGUCGUAAUGGCUCUAUAUUGGAUGACGGAAUGUAUCCCACUACCUGUGACCUCCUUAUUGCCCCUUUUCAUCUUUCCGGCCACUGGGGUUAUGUCCACUUUGAAUACUAUCCAGUGUUACGUUAAUGACACUAUUUUCCUAUUCAUAGGAAGCUUAUUUCUUGCAUCUGCUAUAGAACAAUCAGGUUUGCAUAAACGAUUUGCUCUCUGCUUUAUCAGAACUAUUGGAUACUCUCAUUAUAAAAUACUUUUUGCAAUGUGUUUCGUAACGAUGUUCGUGUCAAUGUGGAUAACCAAUACUGCUGCUACAACUAUGAUGGUGCCCAUAAACUUUGCUAUUCUCCGAGUGUUUGAAGACCAAAAGUUAUUGAAAAUAUAUAACACGAACAUAGAAGGUGAACAAUAUGCAUCAUCUAUAACUGUUUGCUACUUUUGUGCAGCGAGUUUCUCGGCGACCAUAGGUAACAGAUACUUGAUAUGCCAAUAG